AGAGAGAUGGCGUGUAACAACAAUGUCUCUGCCAAGAUGAUAAUUUAAUAUUUGUACUGUGCUGACAGAGGAGAUAUGGAACAGCUUUAUCGAUUCAUGGUGAAAUCUCUCCCUCACACAUCUCUUCUUUCUUCUUAAUUUUUUUUUUUCCAUCUCACGAUUUGUUUUGUUUUGUUUUUUCUCUUUCAUCUUUGAAAAAGGACCUCUCUCAUAAAAACUACUUUCUGUUCCUCCCUUUCAUUUUCUUCACUGACAGAGAAUACCUGCACAAUUUCUCACGCACGCACGCAUACUCAAAACGGAACCCCACAGCCCCACUCCUCAGUCACAUACAUCACAUUCAUCUUUCUGCUUACCCUUAUCAUAUCCCCUAGUGAGAGGGAGAGAGGGACAGUGCAGAGAAAACACAGAGAUUUUCCAAGCCAGCCCAGAUCAUAUACCUUCUCAUUAUCAUUUCGUGCCUUUUUACUCCUGCCACUCGAUUCAUCAAAUCAUAUACCUUCUCAUUAUCAUUUCUGGCCUUUUUACUCCUGCCACUCGAUUCAUCAAAUCCCCAUGAAACCCCUCUUCCCUCCUCCCCCCUUAUAAUAAUUCUUCCUUUCACCCAAUCAACCAAACCCGCUAACUAGUAACAAAGAUAACGAAACCCUCUCUCUUCUUCUCUCAUACUCUGCUUUUCUUCUCAUGGUUUACAAUUUUUGCAUGCCGUUUCGUGGCUUUGGUAUUUAGAAAUUUAGCUAUGUGGGUUUUGAUCGAUAUUUGACAUUGUGUGUAGGAUUUUCGCUUUCUUUAUCCUUCUCCAAAGGUUUUAGAGCUUAACUAGGCUUCUUUCUUGAAUUUAAUUGGGGUUUCUUCAAGUCCAUGGAUAGCUACCGCCAUUUUGACAAUGGUGAUGCCCAUUUGCCUCCUGGAUUUAGGUUCCACCCAACUGACGAGGAGCUUAUCACAUACUAUCUUCUCAAGAAGGUUCUUGAUGGCAACUUCACUGGCAGAGCCAUUGCUGAAGUGGAUCUGAACAAGUGCGAACCAUGGGAGCUUCCUGAGAAAGCUAAAAUGGGAGAGAAAGAGUGGUACUUCUUCAGCCUGAGAGAUAGGAAGUACCCAACUGGGCUGAGAACUAAUAGAGCCACUGAAGCUGGUUAUUGGAAGGCUACUGGGAAAGACAGGGAGAUUUACAGCUCAAAGACUUGUGCACUCGUGGGAAUGAAGAAGACAUUGGUGUUCUACAGAGGUCGAGCCCCUAAAGGAGAGAAAAGUAAUUGGGUUAUGCAUGAGUAUCGCCUUGAAGGCAAAUUUGCUUACCACUAUCUCUCCCGGAGUUCCAAGGAUGAGUGGGUCAUCUCCCGAGUGUUCCAGAAGAGUGGCGGCGCCACCUCUAGCAGCAGCAGUAGCAGCACCAAGAAAGGCCGCUUUAACAACACCAUCAACCUCUACCCAGAAGCCAGCUCCCCUUCUUCGGUCUCGCUACCACCUCUCCUGGACCCUACCACCACCACCGCCACCACUGCUGCCUCGACGACAACUCUCAACGACCGUAACAGCUGCUCCUAUGACAGCCAUGCUCAAACUGAGCACGUGUCCUGUUUCUCCACCAUUGCAGCCGCUGCUAACCAGAACAACUUUGAAUUUGCUUCGCCACCACUCCUCCCGGCUACUGAUCCGUUUGGACGGUUCCCAAGAAACAUGGGUGUCUCUGCUUUUCCCAGCCUGAGGUCCCUGCAGGAGAAUCUUCAGCUGCCUUUCUUUUUCUCUUCCCCAUCACUGUCUGCUGCAGUGCCAUAUAAUGGAGGAGGUUCUAGUGCCAUGAAUUGGAUGGCAGGUUCGGAUGAGGGGAGAGUCGAUGGUGGCCCUGCUAGUGGGGGUGGUGGUGGAGGUGGAAGGGUGGGGAUGGGUCUCACAGAGCUUGACUGCCUGUGGUCCUACUGAGUCUUUAACGCUCAAGCUAAUGUAAUGCAAAAUGUCGAGUGUUAAUUAUCCUUUUAUUAUCCAUGGUUGAUGUAUGGGGUCUCUUAAUGCAGGUUACUGUCUAUGAUGGUAUUAUUAGGGCUAUCUUUAGGUUUUUUUAGUGAUUUUCGAAGUAUCAUGACUCUGCUACUAUAUAUUAAUGUUAGAAAGUGACUUGUAUUGUUAUA